AUGGAAGUAGAUUCUCCUGAACCAGAAUCCAAUGUGAGUGAAAAAGUAGGCAGUUGUACUCGAACCAUUAGCUGGAAAACUUUUGAGGCAUUUACAGAAGAUCAAAUUUUACCCUCGUUAUGUUUAGAAGACUCGCAAGAGCAUUCAAUGAUUUUUGACGGGGAAGUUCAAGUUUCCAAUGAUCUUGAUGAUGUGUUUAUUGAGAUCGAUGGUUGCUUAAUGAGUGAAGUUCUAGAAGCUGUGGCACAUGAAGACAUUAUAACAGAGACGUCAUCAGAUUCAUCAGAAAUUACCAACGACAGUGCUAAAAAUGAUGACAACGUUCAAGUUCACACAAAUAAUAACGAAACAAUGGAAACAGAUACUGAUGACAUAGAAACAAAUACUGAUAACCCAAGACGUAAACGUAAUCAAAAUGAAACAAGAGAAGAUUUGGCUAAAAAGAGAAAAAUUGAAAAACAUUCUCUUAGAGACCCUUGUCCUGAUUCUUGUUUAAAAAAAUGUACCUCAAAAUUCUCUCAAACUUGUCGAGAAGCUAUACACAAACAAUUUUGGUCAUUAAGUUGGAUAGAACAAAAGUCAUUUAUCCUAAAUACUUGCGUAAGAAAAGAAGUAAAUAAAAAAUCCGAAGAUUCUUCUAGAAACUUAUCAUUUAUAUAUAAGUUUUCGGUAGAAGGAAAAAGUGAAUUAGUAUGUAAAACAUUUUUUCUUACAACUCUUGGUUUUCAUCCAAAAAAUGACAAAGUUAUUUUCAAUGUACUCCACACUGAUUUACCUUUAAAAGAUAACAUCCAGUUGCAACCUGCUCCAGAUGGACGCGGUAAAUCUUCUCCGCCAAAUAAAAUUGAUAGAUCAAAAAUAUUACAGCACAUUGAACGCUUUAAUCCAACUAUUUCACACUACCGACGUGAACAUGCUCCAAAUGUGAGAUAUUUACCUAAUGAUUUGACGAUUACCUUGAUGCACAAUUUUUUUAAAGAAGAAUUUCCAGACUUUAAUAUUUCAUAUGAGACAUAUAGAAAGAUUUUAUCUGAAGAAAAUAUUCACUUCACUAAAUUGGGGCACGAGGAAUGUGAGAUUUGUGAAGUUCACAAAAUUCAUUUAACCGAUCACUCAAAAGAACUUGAUAACACGUGUGACGAGUGUAAGAAGUGGAUAAUACAUGAUGAAAAAAGUAAACAAGCAAGAAAAUACUAUCAAGACUGUGCCAAAAUGUCGUACAAUAAUAAAACACUUUGUAUGUCUGCUGAUUUACAGAAAAUAAUUAUGUUACCCCGUCUUGAAUGUUUUAAGUCAGCUAUAUUUACAAACAGACUUACAACAUUUAAUGAAACUUUCGUUCCUGUCGGUAAGAAUCAAGUUAAUGUUGCACCUUUCGCUGUAAUAUGGCACGAAGGAAUACGAGAGCGUAGUAAAGAAGAGAUAACUUCCACUUAUCACCAAUUUUUUCUUAAACAUAAAGAUUAUGAAAAAAUAAUCUUAUGGUUAGAUAAUUGCUGUGCUCAGAAUAAAAAUUGGGCUUUUUUCUCCUAUCUGCCGUAUAUUAUAAAUUCUCCUUUGAUAAAAGCUAAGGUAAUUGAAGUUAAUUACUUUGAACCAGGACAUACAUUUAUGUCAGCAGACUCAUUUCACCAUCAAAUUGAACUAGCAAUGAAGAAAAAAGGUAAAAUUUAUGAUUUUCCUGGAUUCGUUUCGGCUGUUGAAGGAGCAAGAAAUAAAGUCAACGUAAAAGUUAUGGAUAUUUGUGACUUUUAUUACUUCGUUGAUCAUACUUCUGUAAAAAAUAGAAAUUUUAAUCAUGAUAAGACUGAGAAAGUAUAUUUAACAAAUAUUGUACAAAUAGAAGUUAACAGAGGAACGACUGAUUUAAAAUAUAAGACUGAUUACAACGGAGAAUUUAAAUUAUUAAAUAAUUAUUUAAAAGUUAAAGCUGCCAAAAAAGGUAUUCCGGAUCCGAUUCCAUGUGAAAAGAAAAAUGGUAUAAGUAAAGCAAAGAAAGAUGCGAUUUUAAAAAAUAUUUGUCCUCUGAUGCUUGAUGAGCAUAAAGUUUUUUGGCAAAGUUUACCAGAAAAAUAA